AUGGACGAGUUAGUCCGGGGCAUGUCAUCCAAUGAAAAUCGCUUGACAAAACUAGAAAAACGCGAUCAGGAAAUUAUAAACCUGCAUGCAUCUGUGGCUCAUCUACAGAAUGAGCUGAAUAUACAAGCACAACAGGGGCUCCGCAACGAAAUAGAGAUCGUCGGUAUACCAGAAGGUAAUAAUGAAAAUCUAGAACAUAUUGUUAAGGUGGCCGCACAAAAAGUUGGAGCACAGUUGAAAGACGUCGACGUGGACUGGAUUACCCGCGUUGGACCUCGGCGCCUGGCUGUACCUCCUAAUGUUCCAGAUGGUGGCAGUAGAAUGUCUCGACCCAUCGUAGUGCGUUUGCUCCGGCGAUCCAAGCGCGACCAGCUACUAAAAGCCUUCAAAUCAAGAAAGACCCUCACCAGCGCAGACCUGGGAAUAAUUGGCUCGCCGAUUAAAAUUUUUUGUAACGAACGACUUACGAAAGAAAAUAGACUUUUAUUUCGUGAAGCCAGAGCGAGAGCCAAAACCCAUGAUUAUGCAUUCUGCUGGUGCAACCAGGGUGCAAUAUAUAUUAGAAAACGAGAAGGGAAAGCUGCAACACUUAUUAGAAGUAAACACGAUCUGGACCGUCAUUUGCCAACUAAAGAGGAUAUCUAA